AUGUCAGGUUACAGCGCUCCUUACAUCGGUCUGCCCGAUCCUGAGAAGAGACGUGUCGGAGACAUGGAGACCCAAGCGACCCAGUUGAGUAUCGCUGAACGUCGUGGCAAAUCCUGGUACAAGAAGCUCAGCUUGAGCAUCAGAGGUAAUGGCAAAAGCAACCGUUCCUCGAUGAUUCCAGAGAACCCGACCUCUCCAGCAAAAUUCAAGGAAGACUAUCUCAACAAGCCGCUGCCAGCACUGCCCAGUCCUGAACAGCCGCCGUACUUCGAAUACAUGUUCGCAGAUGCGGGAAUGAGAAAGAAGGAGUCCACCGAGUCCCUCAAGUCCAGCGUCGAGACCGACAGCAAUACUCAAGAAUCAACCCGGUCAGAGCACAGUGAGAUUCGUGCUACAAAUUCCAAUCGCUCGGCUGAAAGCUACGGUCUGAACGGCUCUGAAGUCACCCAGUUCGCCUUCGCUCAAGCUGGUGUCAAUGUCUCGACCAAAGAUGUCAUCGACAACCACUUUGCAGCCCUUGGCACCAGCCUCGAAGGCGUCCUUGACCUGGCCAACCUAGCCGACGACCUUGAAAGAGAAAAGGCCACAGAAGCUUUCUUUGGUGGUGUCGAAGCCAAGGAAGCACCCAGUCCCGAUCACGUCCCUGUCGUGGAUGAAGAAGGAUUCGUGAACCGUCGCGAAGGGCUCGAGGACUGGCCUCAAUUGUGGCGACACGACAAAGAGACUCUCACCAAAUCCACCGUUCGAGGCUCUGAGAAUCUCGCAGUCCAACACAGCGACACCCCAACCGAGCACAACGUCAAUGGCGCGAAGCACAUUCUUCAGCCCAAGUCACAGAAGAACAAGGUCCGCCUUCAAGAUCCUUCGUUCCCGGACUCGUAUCCGGCCGUCAGUCCCGUCAUCAUCGUUCCGGCCGUUCAAUCUGUGCAGUCUCCAGUCCGCGCUCCCGGCCCAUUGACCAUCCGCAAGAAGAACGAGUCCCAACACCGCAGUCACACCGGCCGUAUCAGCAAGAAGACUCGAGCCAACAAGAGACACGCACGAGACUCAUUCGUCACCAAAUCCACCAUCGACCAACCAAAGUCUGACGACGACUACAACAUCAACCUCCUCCCGACGAAGAAGAUCCGCGUGACCGAGACUCUCGCAGACCAGGACCUCAGCAGUCCCUCUCGCGCCGUCUCUGUCUGCGGUUCGAUCUCGUGCCCCUCCUCAACUGACCUCACCGACCCCAAUACGCCCAACACUUCAGACGUCGACAUCACCACCAAUACAGACACAAACACAGACAGAGAUACAGACACAGACAUCACCGACGCCGAAGAUGGUCAUUCCGACACAGCAUCCGUCCUGUCCCUCAAGCACAAACGCCUCACCACCUCCCUGACGGGCUACCCCGGCCAGUUCGAAUCGUACGAAGCCGAGUACCUGGGCGUGCGCGCCACACUCGCUUGCCCUGAACUCUUCACGACCGGCGACAGCGGUCACCCGAACGGUCUAUUCACGCACACCAACUUCGUCGCCGACCCGACGUACCCGCAUCGCGAAUACACGGCAGCCAUGCUCGGCGCGCUGCCCGUGCGCGACCUGGCGCUCAAGCACGCCGAAACCUCCACGCAGUCGUACGCGUGUUCCUCUCACGUCUCGGCCCUGCGCACGCCCACGCAAGAAAUGCUCCGCCGCGAAAUCCACCGCGAGUGUGCCGCCGCCCGGCUCGAGGGCGUCAGCGUCGGCGAGUACAGAUACUACCAGGGCUUCAUGAGCCUGGAGGAAUACCUCGCCGCCCGCGUCUGCGUGUGCUGGGCCUUUUGCUGGUGCAGCAAGCUGUGCGGCCGCUACGCCGACGUGCUGUGCCCGUGCAGCGGGUGGAUCGCCGUGCACGGCGACGACGAUUGA